GGAAUUAAAUAAAUUAAAAACAGAAAUUUUAAUAAACAACAACAAACAAAAUGUCUCAGGUUGAUCAAAAACGAGCAUUCAAUAAAUUGAAACAUGACCUGGAACCAUGGCGUAAUGUCAUCGUACAUAUCGAUUCGCUGUUGGUGUGGGAGAAAAAUUUCUAUCCGGCAAUUAUUUUUGCUGCGGUUAGCAUUUUCUAUUUGUCAUUGUGGGCCAUGGAUUUGUCGAUAAUCACUAUGGUGGCAUUAGCCGGUCUUUUGGGUGUCAUCUUCGAUUUUCUUUAUCCAACAAUAUCGAAAUUGCUCUUCAACACCGAUCAAUGGAGUGGCAAACAGGAGGCCCAAUUUGAAAAUGUUGUCACCCAGCUGUGUGAUAUCAAAUUUUUACUAUUGGGUUGGUAUGAAUAUUUGUUUGCCAACAAGGAGAAGAAGUCGACAGUGUUUGUCAUCAUAAUGAGCAUUGUUUUGCUUACCCUUGCCUGGAUUGGCGCCAUCUUCAAUAAUCUACUGCUCAUGUAUUUCGUUACCUUGGGCUUGGCCAUGUAUCCCGGUAUUCAGGACAAGGGGGUAUUGAAUAAAUUUAAGGAGCGAUUUGGUUGUCUUGUUAGUUCCAAUAUGGAAAAAAUACGGGAGGUAACCAAGAAGCAAGACUAAAGCAAUUCCAUUGGAAACAAAUAUU